GCUCACUUUCACUCAUCCCAUGCCCAAAGGACACCACAUCUCUUCUUCUUCUUCUUCUCUCUCUGUCUCUCCAUGGAUACAGCCACAAUGUACAGAGCUACCGUGCUAUUAGCGCUACUUUGCUCCACCUUCCAUGUUGCAUUCUCUGUCACCGACGGCUUAUUACCAAAUGGGAACUUCGAGUAUGGCCCAAAGCCUUGGCAACUGAAAGGAACAGUAGUAACAGCCAAAAAUGCUAUUCCAAACUGGGAAAUUUCAGGAUAUGUUGAGUACAUAAAAUCAGGCCAAAAACAAGGUGACAUGCUGCUAGUUGUGCCUAGUGGAGCCUUUGCAGUUAGAUUAGGCAAUGAAGCAUCCAUCAAGCAGAAGAUUAGUGUAGCAAAAGGAAGCUAUUACUCGAUUACUUUCAAUGUAGCUCGGACCUGUGCACAAGAGGAGAAGCUUAACGUUUCUGUUUCACCAAAUAUUGAACAGAAUGACUGGGGAAUUCUACCAAUGCAGACAAUGUACAGCAGCAAUGGGUGGGAUUCAUAUGCUUGGGCAUUCCAGGCUGAUUACCCUGACAUUGAGAUCUCUAUUCAUAACCCUGGAAGCGAGGAGGACCCUGCCUGCGGCCCACUUGUCGAUUCUGUAGCACUGAAGCUUUUGUCUAAUCCUAAACGCACAAGAGGCAACUUGCUAAAGAAUGGAAAUUUUGAAGAGGGACCAUAUGUGUUCCCCAACACAGACUGGGGAGUCCUAAUUCCACCACACAUUGAAGACGAUCACAGUCCUUUACCUGGCUGGAUAAUUGAAUCUCUCAAGGCAGUAAAGUACAUAGACUUGGAUCAUUUUGCAGUCCCAGAAGGCAAAAGAGCAAUUGAGCUUGUUGCAGGAAAAGAAAGUGCCCUUGCACAAGUAGUUAAGACCAUUCCUGGCAAGACUUACGUGCUGACAUUUAGUGUUGGUGAUGCUAACAAUGCAUGUGAAGGAUCCAUGAUUGUAGAGGCAUAUGCAGGGAAGGACAAAAUCCAAUUUCCUUAUGUAUCAAAAGGCAAAGGAGGAUUCAAGACAGCCAAAUUACAGUUCAAGGCAGUUUCAACACACACAAGGAUUAUGUUCUUAAGCUCAUUUUACACCAUGAAAAGUGACAACUCUGGUUCUCUUUGCGGCCCUGUAUUGGAUGAUGUUAAGUUGAUUAGUGUUCGUCAACCAAGGCGUCUUCUGUGAUCAAGUUUUAAUUAAAUUGCAUUGUCUUAUGCAAUUAUUUGUUUCUUCUUGAUCAAUUUGAGCUUUAUAUGAAAUUGGUGAUCAUAUAUUAUAUACCAUAGGAUUCUUGUAACGAGGAACAAGCAAGAUGGCUUGAUAUGUUUUUAGAAGUAAUGUUCCUUUUUUUUUUUUUUUCUUUUUUAAUAUGUAUCUAUGCUUUCUAGUUUCUACAUGAAAAUUUUAUGUUUCCCAGUAUCUAUUAGUGAUCAUUGAUACCUUAACUACAUUGCCCCUUGUGAGAAUUAUGUUUGGCUUAAAUAAUCAAAUAGGAUUCAAUUCUUUUUUUCA